AUGUACAGCAUGAACGAUCUUGAAUCCGCCAAGCUAAUCUACGUCACGGAAUUAACGGACUGCGCCUGGACAGCCCCUGCGAUCUGGACUGUGAAUCUAUUCGUGAUGCAAGACGCAAAGGCGCAUGGGGUUGCUCGGCGUCGGUUGCUUAGCUAUUACUCGAUGGCGUCGAUAGUUCAGUAUGAGAUCUAUGUUGAUGAAUGCGUCCGGACUUCUGCUGGAAAUUGGAGGGGUUCCCGAAGAGAAAACAGUCCGUAG